AUGACUGAUUUAUUUCAGGAUACUGGGCCCGUCGAACAGUCUCACGAGGUGCUCGAGCACGUUCGCCAGCUUGAAUACUGGACCAAAGAGCUUGCAAACAGCUCUCCGGCUGAAUUUCUAACAGAUUUCCCUCGCCCGUCUACACUUUCUGGUCCACUCGCCGUGGUCCCGCUAGUCGUCAAUGAAUGUGUGUAUCAAUGCCUUCGGUUAUGGUGCCGUGCACAUGAAGUGCCUGUCUUCGCGGCGUUAUUCGCCGCGUUUCGCAUAACACACUAUCGCCUCACUUGGGCAGAAGAUGCGACUAUAGGAACUCUUCCUCUCGAGCGUAACAGUGCCAAUACUCAGUGUUUGCGCGUCACAGUUGAAGACAAUGACACAUUUGAGUCAUUGACCCACCAAGUUCAAUCAAAAGCAUUGGCCGCCCAUCAAAACCAAGACAUCCCCUUCGAUGAUGUUGCGUCGGUUCUCCUUGAGACAAAAGACACAUCUCGGCACCCUCUGGUACAACUUCUAUUUGCCUUCCAUCCCCAAAAGAAGGGCAAUCAAGAGCAAUUUCAGAGUUCAGAGAAAGACACAUCACCUCAAUCUGAUGUAAUCUGGCGACUUUUGGAACAUAAUGGAAGGCUAAGCGGCACUGCACAGUUUGCGACAGACUUGUUCAAACAAGAGACUAUCUGCAACAUGGUUGAAAUCUUUCAAAAAGUCCUCCGCCGAGGUCUUGAACAGCCUCACACGCCGAUCUCAACGCUAUCUCUUAUUGACGCUGAUGGUCUAGUAAAGCUACACGCUUUGGGUGCUGUUGAGAUGGAGAGAUCUGAUUAUCCACGGGACUCGAGCAUAGUUGAUGUCUUCCGCGAGCAAGCUGCAGCUCACCCAGAUACUAUAGCCAUCACGGAAUCAUCAACGCGAGACUCGUCGGCGAGGCUGACCUAUUCGCAGUUGGACCAGCAAUCCGACGAGCUGGCUAGCUGGUUACGCCCCAGAUAUCCAGUGGCCGAAACACUAAUCGGAGUGUGUGCACCGAGAUCAUGCGAAACAAUCGUUGCACUUCUAGGCAUUCUCAAAGCGAACCUUGCGUAUUUACCGCUUGACGUUAACGCUCCGAUCGCCCGUAUCAAGACAAUUCUCUCGACUAUCAAAGGUCCCAGGGUUCUACUCUUUGGCUCCAAAAUGGAGAUUCCAAAUAUCCAACUGCCAGAUGUAGUGUCAACGCGGAUCAGCGAUACUCUCGGCCAACGUGAUAAAGAUGGCCUGUUGACAGUCCGCCCUUCUGCGACAAGUCUCGCAUAUGUUAUGUUCACAUCCGGGUCGACUGGUCAACCCAAAGGGGUCAUGGUAGAGCACCGUAAUGUGUUACGGCUGGUAAAAUCCAGCAAGCUUCUUUCCGAUUUUCCAUCACAAACUACGCAGGUAGCGCACUUGACGAGCAUCGCAUUCGACGUUUCAAUAAUGGAGAUUUUUGUUGCACUUUUGAACGGGUCAACACUCGUAUGCAUCGAUUAUCUUACCGUUCUAGAUAGUAACGCACUUGCGGCUGCGGUUUCGCAAGAACAAAUCCGCGUGGUGAUGUUCUCGGGCGCGUUACUUCAGCAGUGUAUAGUCAACAUUCCUGAGACAGUCAGCGCUUGGGACGCUGUCUUUGUCAUUGGCGAUCGGUUCAACAGUCGUGAUGCGGCAGCGGCAAAAGCGCUUGUUCGUAGUCGUGUCUACAAUGGAUAUGGUCCGACAGAGAACGGCAUUGUCAGCACCGUUUACAGUGUUAGAGAACACGAGUUGUUUGUCAACGGCGUCCCUAUUGGACGUACUGUUACCAAUUCGGGAGCCUAUGUGAUGGACCGAAAUCAACAGCUUGUUCCUGUCGGAGUCAUGGGAGAGCUGGUUGUUACCGGCGAGGGUCUUGCUCGAGGAUACACCAACCCCGCGCUGGAUGUGGACCGCUUUGUGUUUAUAAACAUCGGUGACGAGCAUGUACGAGCAUAUCGAACCGGAGACAAAGUACGAAUCCAGCCAGAAGGUGGUCAACUUGAGUUCUUCGGCCGCAUAGAUCAACAAUUCAAGAUUCGUGGCCACCGUAUCGAGUCAGCCGAGAUAGAAAAUAGUUUGCUUAAUCUCAGUGCUCUUAGGGACGCGGCCGUUGUCGUGACUCAGAAGGAAGAGCAACAGGAGCUGGAAAUAAUUGCCUUUGUCGUAGCUGAGGAGAACAACUCUGGCGACGUGCAGCAGAAGGUUAAUGGUCACUCAGGAUAUCCUGCCAAUCAAUUCACCAUGCAGAUAGGAAACGAUGUCCGUAAGCGGCUGCAGAAAUUGCUCCCGACUUAUAUGAUUCCAGCGCGGAUCAUAGUGUUGGAUCAGAUGCCACUGAAUAUCAAUGGCAAGAUCGACCGUAAGGAACUCGAGCGGAGAGCAAAGGGGGAGAAUUCACUCGAAGACAAGCCAACCUCCUUGCACGUAGCACCGCGCAAUGAUAUUGAGGUUAUACUUUGCGAGGAGUAUGCCGAUGUGUUAGGCAUCACGAAAGUCGGCAUUACGGGAACUUUUUCGAUCUUGGUGGACAUUCGCUGA